AGUUGACUGUUUACGUUGUUGCCUGUUUAUUUAGCAUUUUUAGCUGUUACUGAGCUGGAAACGAGUACAUAGUAAAAAUAAGUUUUAGGUUAAAUUCCUACGAUGUCAGAUAUACUGUGCAGGUGGCUUAACGAGGAAGUCCGGCUGUCAAAAGCUGUUGAUCCCGGAACCUUUGCCAAGGAUUUCUCUAAUGGUUACUUAAUUGGGGAAAUUCUUCAUACUUAUCAGAUGCAGGAUGAUUUCAAUUUGUUUUUUAAGAGAGACAAUUCCGUCGCCAAACUAAAUAAUUUUACACGCCUGGAUCCUACUCUAAAGCUACUGGGGAUCCCAUUUGACAUAAACACAGCCCAAGACCUGAUGCAGGAGAAGGACGACGUUGCCAAACGCAUCCUUUACCAACUUUAUGUUGCACUAGAACAGAAGAAGAAAUCAAAUAUCAGCAGGACAAUGAUGGAAAUCAUGCAGCCUGCAGCCAGAGCAAACCUGCACAAAAAGGAUCAUGAGAUGUUCUCUUAUCGGCUUCCUCAGGUGGUAAAACGUGAUGCAGAUGUGAAGCUUCAGAAAAUUUCUCAACAUUAUGCUGAUAAAUACCAGCCAUUGAAUGACAGGUAUCUGGUGACCCAGUCCAUCCAAGGAAAGAGGCAACUCAAAAUCCUGGAUAAAAAAAGAAUAGAAACUAUUGAGAAGGUUAGUCAUGAGCAGCAAAAUGACAUGACUUGUAACCUGGCCACUGAAGUCCAGAUGCAAAAACCCUCUUUCUACGCUGUACCUCUUGAUAUGAGAAGAAAGCAGCAACAGCACUCACAGCAAAAAGCAAGGAAAGUCCAGACUGAAAUUGCCCAGUUUAAGACAAACAGGGAAAAACUGUCAACUUCUAAAUUAGCUUCUUCCUCAAAUGUUCAGCCUCUUGCUGCAGGCUUUCCCCUUGGUGGCAGCAAACUAACUUGUGAAGUCUCUGGAAGUAUACCGAAGCUAAUGUUACAGUCCAAUAGCACUGGACAAGAAAUCCAACGGAGACUGAGAGAAAAUGCUGUUGCUUGUGAGCAGAGAGAAAAAAGACUUGACAGAUUUCUGGUGGAGCAGUUUAAGGCUCAUGAAGCUCAACAGGAAUUGCAGGCUGACGAACUACUGGUAAAGCGACUGACACGUCAGACAAAGCAGGAACAGCGUUUGGCAGCACAGCUCAUGAUAAUACGUAGACAGAAAGAGGUGAUCCUGGAGAAUCGCUUGUUCAGAGAGCUUCAGUACCAGCAGCGAAGAGAAAAGGAUCUCCAGGAAGCUCUGUACAAAGAGGCGGUGUUGGCACAGCAGGCUAAAUUGGCCUUUGAAGAAGAGAUCAGAAAGGAGCUUGAAUUCUGUGACAGGCCUGCUGCAGAACGAGCUCAAAGCAGACACAAGGAGCACUUUGUAAGCUGCAAGAACAUUGUGGAACAGAUUGUGGACCUGGCAACCAAGGCUGGAGAAUAUUGUUUGCUCACUGAGAAAGACCAGAUUCCAGAGAAGCAGAUGAGACAAUGGAAGGAACUUCUGCUCAGAGGUCUGCCUCUCUAUGAGUCAAUAAGCCAUCAAUCCAGGAAUGAAUUUUCCAUAUCACUGGACCCAAAAGAUCUAGAGAAGCAGGAGAUACUAAACAAGCUAGAAUAUGAUGAAUAUGCUAGUAUGGUAGAUGAGUGGGGAUGCCUGAAGGAAACUGGGGAGACAAAAUUACUCUCAACUCCUAACAACAUUCUUGGACAUGUUAUUCAACGACUGAAAAAAAUUGUUCGUCCACCCAUCAUAGAAUCACCUUCCCAUUUAUUUCCUCACUGUACCAUCAAAGCCUGCGUCUUGGGCAAGCUUUGCUCGGGCAAGACAACCUGCCUGGCCAAGAUUUCUGAAGCACUUGGCAUCUGUGUUUUAUCAGCUGACACGGUGAUUGAAGAAGCACUACAGGCUUAUAAGAAUGCAGAUGACACAACUCAGGUAACAGAGCAUUUGAGAGAGAAAGACAAUGAGCAACUGACCACAUCACCCGCAUCAGGCAAACGUGAACUUAACAUCCAAGUGAAAACUAAAGACUUAAAUACAAAAAUAGCAGUUGCACACGAAGAGAUGAGAAAAGGGAACACAUUCUCAAAUGAGCUGUUAGUGGACAUUUUGGUAGAGGCAAUUAGUCAGGUUCCAGCUCAGUCAGGUUGGAUCCUUGAUGGCUUUCCAUAUGACAUCAACUUGGCCCAUCUGUUAGAGGAAGCCCUGGGUGGGUCUGUAGAUGAUGGGAAUGAAGUUGAAAGCAACAGGACAAGCCUUCCUACCGAUCCUUAUUCACGCCAAACUCCACCACCUCCUGCACCUGUGCUGGACUUGGCUCUCCUACUGAAUAUCCCAGAUGACUGUGCGGUCAGACGUGCAUACAGGCAUUCAGAUACAGAAGCUGCUGCUACAGACAAGACCUUAUAUCGUGGACAAAUUUCGAACAGGAUCAUAACUUUCCAGGAUACCUGGCCAGCAUUAAAGCAAUGGUUUGGUGAAAAACAGAACAUUUUGGUCAGCAUUGAUGCAGAUGUAGAUGAGGUGGGACUUUACAGCAGGGUGGAGUCUAUUUUGAAACAAGUUAUGCUGGAAAAACAGACAGCACUAUCCGACCCUCCUGUUGAGGAUGUGGUGUUAUAUGACACUUCAGCCACAACUCCUUCUGUAGACCAACCUCCAGCUCUUAUUGAUCAAGGACUUGGUACCGCAGACUCCCUCUUCAGCAUUAAGAAGGAAAACGUCCUGAAGCCCUCUGAUGAUGCAUUACCUGCCUCAGCACCCAAUGAGGAUUCUCAAGGAGUCCUUGAGAAUCAUCUGGAGUCUACCUUAUCAGACCAAGAUUCAUCAAGUCAGGUCUAUGUGGAUGAACCCAUUCCUCUGGAGAUAGCAGAGAGCCUCUGCUCACACUGGGAUACUGUGUGUGAUUCUUAUGUGAAUGAUGUCAAGAAAGUCUUGCAACUACUGCGUUUACAGCAUGCUGCUACUGAUAAUCAACUUUUUAACAUCAGAGAACGAUCCAAACAGUUCUUGGGACGCCCAGAUUUGAAGCAGGAGUUAGUGUCUCACUGGCAGAAGUACUUUAAUAGUGUAUGUGAUGAUAUGAGAAGAGAGGAGGAAACCAAAGCAGACCUUCAUCACAGACUGGAUGAAUUAUGUGAACGUCUGUGGGACAUUAUUGAGAAACGAAAAGAGGAAGAUGAGCAAGAAAGGGACACUCUCAUGUGUGAUGGAUGGUUGGAGAACCACACUGCUAUCCUCAUCAACCACCACACAAUGCUAAUGCAGGUAGAGUUGAACCGUUUCCAGGAAACACUUUAUACCCUAAGGGUCUACUAUUGGAGCAUGCACAGACAGGUGCCACUUAAAAAACUCUCCAAAUUUUUCGAUUUGCCCCCAAUGGAAAACCCUGGAAUUAAAGAUCAGGCUGAGAGUAGGAGGGACUCUGUGGACAGAAGUAUGCAAAGUCAGAUGAAUAAUGAAGAUGACAAGAAAAUGAACUUAUGUCCUGACUCCAAAAGAGUUGACAUCUCUGAGAUAGCAAAACAGGAUGAAGCAGAAACUGUGAAGCUAUUAGAUGAGAAACUCAUCUCUGACUACAAGGAGGCACUUAAAGCCAUCCAUGAACUGGUAUCAUCAGAAGUCCAGCAGAGGGAGACAGAAGAGCAGGAGAAAUUACAAGAAAAGGAGGAGCAGAAGCAGACAAAAAAUGCCUCUGCCAACAAAUCUAAAAAUAAGAAGCAGUCAUCAAACAAACAGAAAGCACCAGUAGACGACCCAGAGAAGACUCCGACUCAGAUAAAUAAAGUUGAGGCUGAUAAUCAGGCGACUGGAGGGAAAAUACAUAAAGAAUAUGCAGCUGCACUGAAACAUGCGGAGAAAGCAGCAAUGGUGCGCAUUGAGCUGGUGAAAGACCACGGUCUCAUGAUGGCACACUCCCUGCAAAGCAGAACACAAGAGACUUUAAGCAACAUGGAGAAGUGGUUACAGGCGCGCUAUCAAGCAGAAAAGGAAAGUGUCGACCAGUUGUCAGAAGUGGUUUGUCACUGCAUAGAGGCUGGUGCUAAACUGCAGUAUGAGCUGAUGUUGGAUUGCUCUGACUUCCAUCUGAAUGGAGACUGUCACUUUGUGGCAAGCGUGGCUCCUCUUCCUCCCCCAUCUUCGUUGGAGAAACCAGUGCAGUCCAUGCCAACUAUAACUGAGCUAGAAUCACUCCACCGUCAGCUUUACAGCAUUGCUCCAUCAGGCUUUUUGUUCAGUUCUGAGUUCUUGGAUUUGCUUGAAGACAUGGUCUCUGUUAACAUGGGUAGAAACAGCCUUCUGAUUUUCUCACAAUUUUUUUUCCAGUUGUUUGCAGACCACUCCUUCUCUCCUCCCGUGCUGGAUUAUGUGAACAUGCUGCAAUACUUUGCAGCUGACCCAGACCCUAGCCAGGGUUUCGUCAGAGCACUGGGUGUGGUGUUGGGACAUCCUCUCAGGCAGUCGUCUACAGGUCAUCUUGUCAAGUCUAUGCCCAGUUUACAAGAGGGCACAGAGUUCACCCCCUUACAAGUUAAUGAAGACUACAAAGGAGAAAACAGUCUGUGUGCAUCAAGCAGUUUUUUGAGGAAUCAAGAAGUGUCAAUUCCUGCUCUCCUCAAUGUCAUCUGCCACAAAGUCACCAAAAUGAAAGACAUUAGCCCCCUCCCUCCAAGCUGUCUGAGCCAGGAGGAGCACACAGAGAACCUGAUACACAUAUACAAAGAACUGGGAUAUAAUCCCGAGGACAGUGUCCCAUUCUCCAUUCUUGCUAAACAUCCUUACAUUCAGAUGCUGAUGGAGACCUCAACACACUUUGAGCUUCUUAACAUUCAGAGUUCUACUGGCUCAUCAAGAUGAAGGAGAAGCUGAGAGUUUGACAGUUUUAUAAAGGAUUCAACAGAUAUAAAAAUGUUUCAUUCAUUCAUUCAUUCAUUCAUUCAUUCAUUCAUUCAU